CACGCUCUGCGCUACUUCCGCUCCACUCUGGUAGAUUUGAGCGUGUCUUCGAGUGCCUCCGUCUCUGUUGACGUGCUUUGAAGCAUUGUUCAACACCUACCACAGUAGACCCGUGGAGUCAUCGUAGAGUCGCAACAUCUGCCUCAUGGAGCGUAUGUGUCCAGGAUCCAUGCAGUAUGCGGUCAUCCGCAUCGACCCGGUCGCCAUGGUCGAACACUUUGACGAUCCCUUCGCUACCGAGGAGGCAGAGGCGAUGCAUGCGAAGAAGUACCUCAUGUACCUCGACCACGCGAUGGACCUCCCCUUCCCGACUAGCCAGUGGUUCCGUUUCCAUGUCAGCCCCAUCGCCACUGCGCUCCCGCCCAAGGAUCCAAAGCGCGGAAUCACUCCCGACAUGUCGAUCCCGAUCUUUCCGAACGAGGACCAUCCCAACGGCCGUGCCCCUAUCCGCACAUCGGCACCCUUUCCGUUCCCCAACUGCUAUCACUGGGCGGAUAGCGAGUUGACGGUGCGCGUCCGCCGCCAUCCGGAGAAGAAGUACGAUGAUCGCAGGGCGGUGAAAGUAAGCACGAUGGAGCAUAUCCGGAUGGCUCGGCUUCUUGGGGAUGACGGCAACCGGAUAGACGACUAUCUAGAUGCCAAGGAGGCGGAGGAGUUGGCGACGCGGCGAGCGGCACGGGCGUAUUCGCCAUCCUCGCAGGACUCCCGUCUCUCCGCCACCUCGGGCGACGUGGACAUGGACUUCGCGGGCGCCAACGGAAUUCAUUCUCCUGAUGCUGACGAUGACGAUGAUCCCUGCCCUGAGAACGCUUGGGGAGCGCAGUUUGCGGAGAGCCUUAUGCAACUGGACAUCCUCAACCUCGUGCAUCACGACGACGACGGCGAGGAGACGCUGCCGCUGGUCGACUUGUGGUUCGACCUCGACAAACAUCUGUCAGAGGGCGAUAUUCCGAGCCCGUCGGACCUAGACAAGGAGUUGGACGCGGUCGCAAGGAUUGUCCAGGAUGCACGCUCACGGCAUCCGGAGGUACCCUUCCCGCGACGGAACGGCACACUGGGCUUGGGCUUUGAAGACGACAUGUGCGCGGACGAGGACGAGGGGGAUCAGGAGGUGUACACGAACGGCGUCGUCGAAGAUGACGACGAGGAAGUGCCUCCGCCUGCCUCUUUAGCACAUCCAUGGUCAAUACCAUCGAAGAUCUUCGAUAGGCCCACAUCAGCAUGCUCGUCGUACGAUGGGUCACUCAGCACAAGUCCGAACACACACCGGCGAGACAUAUACAUGCAUUGAUCCGGAUUUCCAGUUUUCUUGGUAUGACUCCAUGUUUGUAUACCCAGUUGUACUAUAGUGUACUAUGUAGCGACGCCAUUCUCAGUCUCUAAGCUC